GCCUUCUCGAACUUUAAACAAAUCUAAGAAAUCUAAUAUUUAUUUACCUGUUUACCUAUUCAAAAAUCACAACCUUAAUAUCAACUUACCAUCUAUUUCUACUUUUAGAUAUUAACCUUCAUGGGUAUUGAAAUGUCAAUUGUCUGUCUUUCUUGAGCUUAGCUUGCUGCAAUCCUAUUCGCAUAUUCGCAUGUGACAUCACCAAGACCUACCUACACCGCGACAGCUAUUUCUUUUUCCAUAACAUCGCCCAAUCUCCAAUCUCCCUCGAGAAUCGUAAUUCCUCAUUCGUAGAGGUAAUACUUUUGGAUGGUAUCUUAGCUAGACGGAAGGAAAAUGAACAGCUUAUUGCGAUAGCGCAGCGCUAAACUGGCAUCCAACGUCUUCUAUCCCUACUUGAAUACCAAACACAUCGAAACCAAAAUGCCCUUACCGUUUCUUGGUCGAUUGGACAUCGCCGAAUAUUUUGCCCUCGUGGGCUCCUUCUUUCUUGUUGGGCUCGAGGCCCUGAUCCGAGUGUUAACGCUAGCGUUACCAUCCUCGUUGUUGAAUCUUUUCUACCGAGCCUCGCGACGGUUAUUUAAUAGAUUGACCUCGCCGGCGCAGAAAAGAGCCGAGCAGAGAAGGAAAUCCAUCUCGACGUCGGUUCGAAAUGCCUCCGAUUUCGUUGACCUCUGUGCCAUGUACGGCUACACGGCCGAGGAACAUGUGCUACAAACAAAAGAUGGGUACCUACUUGGAAUACACCGUCUUGCAUGGAAGAAGGGCGAGGAAGACAUGAAAGUCAACGACGGGCCCGCCAGUCUGAAGAAGCGCGUCGUUUAUCUUCACCAUGGCCUCCUCAUGAAUAGCGAAGUUUGGGUUUGCCUCACCGACGCCCAGAGGUCUCUGCCCUUUGUGUUAGUGGAAAGAGGUUUCGACGUUUGGCUGGGUAACAACCGUGGGAACAAGUACUCUAAAAAGUCGAUUAAGUAUCCCCCUACUACGCCCGAAUUUUGGAACUUCUCAAUCGAUGAGUUCGCUUUUCAUGAUAUCCCAGACUCGAUCAACUACAUCCUAGAGAACACAAAGCAGCAGUCCUUAUCCUACAUUGGCUUCUCGCAGGGCACCGCGCAAGCUUUUGCUAGCUUAGCGGUGCACCCUAAAUUGAAUGAGCAGGUCAAUGUAUUCAUAGCAUUGGCACCGGCUAUGUCACCUGCCGGUUUGAAUAAUGGCAUCGUCGAUGCUCUCAUCAAAGCCUCGCCCCAGGUCCUCUUCCUUCUCUUUGGCCGACGUUGCAUUCUCUCGUCUGCUACGAUGUGGCAGUCUAUACUGUACCCACCUCUGUUCAUGAAGCUCAUUGACAUGGGCUUGUCUUUCCUGUUCGGCUGGAAGACCAAAAACAUAUCGGUUAGCCAGAAGCUCGCGGCUUAUCCACACUUGUAUUCGUUUACCAGCACCAAGUCGGUCGUCCAUUGGUUCCAGAUAAUUAGGAAUCAGUCGUUUCAAAUGUACGACGACGAUGUGCAAACACAUCUAUCAAUCCACACGUCGAGCAAGUACACGAAAGUCGCCAAGUAUCCAACCCGCAAUAUUAAGACUCCCAUUGUCUUGGUAUAUGGAGGGAGCGACUCCCUGGUUGACAUCAAGGUGAUGAUGCGAGAGUUACCUAAUAGGACUGUAGCAACGGAAAUUCCUCACUAUGAGCACCUCGACUUUCUCUGGGCUCGUGACGUUGACGUUCAAGUCUUUCAGCACGUAUUUGACGCCUUGGAGAAUUUCAAGGGCGCAGAGCAUUCGCUAGAAGAGUUUGAAAGCUAUCAACGAGCGCGUAGCGCCAGUCUAACAGCCUCUCAUUCUUUUAAACAAAAUGGAAGACUAAAUGGUGUUAGCACACAUCGUAGCAGCGACGCGUUCGAAUCCGACGGGGCUUCUGCGUCUAAUGGAAACCAGACCAAUGGAGAACAUCUAUUGAGUGUACAACACGAGGCGCGUGAAGAUCCCGUGAAUCGUUCCGAUUUCAGUCUAGAAGCGGCAGAACCCAUCAACACCGCAACGGCAGGUCUUCACAUCCAUCCUAAUUCUAGCGCCACUAUCGAUGAAAAUACGCCGCCCUUAACUUCACCUAAUAGACCGUAUUCGACUGGCGAUUACGACGGUGUGGGGGAUCUACCUACCCCCGCAACGCCUAGUCCCUCAGCUCAGAACAUCAAGCGGAAUCGCCGACGCAAUAGUGCUGCUAGCAAUCUCAGCUUGGAGGGUUCGAUGAAAGAGGGGCGCGGCAUCAAGAUUGGUGCUGCGAGACCCAUUAUAGGUAGCAGCAGCGAUGAGGGACGGAGGUUUUCUCGAUUAGACAGUCAUUAGACAGUCGAUAACCUAUAUAUACAUAUAUAUAUCAGUGCGACUAGACCUCGGUAUACAUGACUUGGGCGCGCGGAUAGAUGGGCGUUUUCAUAAAAGGGAGAAGGGUACCCAUUUUAGCAUAUUUUACCUAUAAGUUUUGGCUAUUGCAUUUGUCAGGGGGUUCGCAGACACGGGGACGGGGACUUGUGCGACGAGUUUCGAAGGGUUGGGGGUUUGUGUAUAGCUAGGAAUACAUACAUUACAUAUUUUAUAUCUUCAUUUA